ACGUGUGCUUGGGUUGAGUUACAAUCACUUGACAAGCGAUCUAAAAGCAUGUCUUCUGCAUUUUGGCAUUUUUCCAGAAGACAGUGAGAUUCCUGUGAAGAAUUUGAUGAGAUCAUGGAUGGCUGAGGGGUUCCUGAAGUUGGAAAAUGAUUUGGAAGGAGAGGCUGAGAAGUGUUUGCAAGAGCUUGUCGAUAGAUGUCUCGUCCUCGUCUGCAAGAAAAGUCUAGAUGGAACAAAAAUUAGAUCAUGUAAGGUUCAUGAUCUAAUACAGGACAUGUGUGUGAGAGAAAUUCAAAGGGGAAACGUUUGUUGAAAAUUCCAAUCUAUUUGUAUUUCAACUGUUAUUCCUUAUAAAUUACGCAAAGUCUUGGACUUGAGUGAUGUGAGGAUUGAUGUUUUCCCUGUAGAGAUACUAAGCCUCAUCUGGUUGAGGUACAUAUCAUUGUUCAUCGAUAGGAAGUUAGACAUGCCUCCAGAAAUUUGUAGGUUAUGGAAUCAGCAGACAUUCAUUGUUCAAGGGACUAGUGGAACUUUUCCCAAGGAAAUUUGGGGACUAAUGCAAUUAAGGCAUCUCAAACUGCCCCAAUUUUAUCUGCCAAAUCCCCCAAACGUAUCUGCUGACAAAGGGAGUCACAUGGGUUUUUCAAACAUACAAACUAUUUCUUACUUGUAUCCACGUUGUUGCACGAAGGAGGUUAUAAAGAAUUAGGAAUCUGUGGAUGUGAGACAGACUCUAAGAGUAUUUGGGAUUCUGGGCUUCCCCACCAUCUUGUCCAUCUGCAGCAACUUGAAACAUUGAGUUUUAUACAUUGCUUUGAGCUUUUUCCAGAAAGUGCAAAAGCUUUUCCAGCAACGCUCAAGAAGCUGAAGCUGGAAAGAACUUUUCUACGUUGGUCGUACAUGGACAUCAUAGCUGAAUUGCCUAACCUUGAGGUGCUGAAGCUGAUGGAUUAUGCUUGUCGUGGAGAAGAAUGGCAUCCAAAUUUUGCGGGAUUUACUCUAUUGAAGGUUUUGUUAAUUGAAAAAAAUUAUCUCAAGUACUGGAAAGCCACAAAUGACAAUUUUCCUGUUCUUGAGCGUCUCGUGAUUAAUUGUUGCUAUAAAUUGGAAGAGAUACCCAUUGAGUUUGCAGAUAUCCACUCACUACAACUGAUUGUGUUAGAUCAGUGUCCUCCCGCACUUGGGGAAUCUGCAGCACGAAUUCAACAAGAGCAAGAAGAGCUCGGAAACGACCCCGUGGAUGUUCGUAUCCCCCGUCCAUUGAUACCCGAGUAAGAAGGCUUGAGCUCAUCCCAAGUAUGGUGGGAUUCUUCGAGCAGCUUUUGGGAAAAAGAAAACAAGAGCAUGCAAUCGGUUUCUAUUCAAUAUAAUAUGGGGAGUUUGAUUCGAUAAUUUAUGUUGUGGGAACUGGAUGAUGAUUUCUCCUUCAUGGAGCAAUUUUUGACUUCUUCAACUAAGUGAUAUUCGAGAGAAGUAAUAGAGUAGCUCGUGUUCUUGAAUUGAUUUCUGUGAUCUAUUUAUUCAAAAGAACAAUUUAACCAAAA